CGACAAACCGCGUUAGCCACACUGAACGUACCUUUGCGAAAGGAGGAAAAAACACUUCACCGAUUAUUAUUUGGAUUUGCUACGGGGAAUUUUACAUUAAUUUUUCUUCUAUACUGGUAAAUUGAACGCGCAAGAUACGCGGCUACACUGAAGCUACAGUCCGUCUGAGUUACACUGUCCGUGUAUUUGUGUGUGUUUAGCGCAAUCCAAUUUGUUUGGCUUGUUUGGCAAACGAAAAUUGUUUUUUCAACCUGGCCGAGGCGAAAAGGGCCCCGUGUUGCCGGUCCGGUAAAAUCGUGGUUUGCGAAAGGACCCCAAGCAGCUCCAUUCGGCAAAUCGCAGAAGGAGAUUCGAAGAAGAAGAAGCGGUAGUAUAGCAAACUUAUCAGAGCGUUCCCUAUAUUGUUUACAUUUUUCUUGCUACAUUACAAUGCGGGGUCGCUAGUGGGUCAAACAAAACAACGGCACAACUACUGGCUGGGACUAGUACCGUGGAGAUGGGAACAGCGAGAAGCGAGGUUUAACUUUUCCGGCGUUCCGGGUUUGUGCGACAGCGAAUCGAUUUUGCGAGGUUUCUUUAGCAAUAGCAAGCAGCUCUGACUUGCAGCUGAGGUGAAAUUGGUUUGGCGAGAUUGAACCUAGGGCGCGCGCACUAUUGGUUACCAGCAGCAAAAAAGGCUGGUAUCAAGUUUUCACGGCGAUUAUCUCAAUCUCCCACCAGCGGAAAACGCGAAGUGUACGCGCGUGUUUUUGGGACAAUUUGGGCGUUAGGAGAGAGUGUGUGUAAUACAACCAGACGGAGGUUUAACCAUCAUCCCCACACAAAAUUGCUUAUACGACCCGAGUUAUAAGAGCGAGGGGUUAACAAGUGUGUUUGGUAGGCAGUUUUCAAAGGCUUCCUACACCCCGGUGUAAAGGACGAUGCGAAACACUGGUUGCACGUCCUGGACUAUUCGCAUCGCACCGCACCAUAUGACAUACAUCACCACCACCAGCAGCAGCAGCAGCAGCAGCCGACAACAGUGGUGUUAAGCGGAACAACAAUUUUAGCGUGUUUACCGUUCCUGUAUUGCCGUUUUUAGUGCUAGUGUGCGUGAGUGUGAGUGUGUGUGUGUGUGUUUGUGAUUGUGCAUUUCAAGCAUGUCGAGCGCAACGCAGGACUGUAUACCGCCGCGCGGUACUGGCGAGCUGAAGAUCAAGCAGGAACUACAGCAAUCAAUCAAUCAGUCCGAUCCAAACGAUUCUUCCUCGGGAAGUAACAGCAGCGGAGGUGGUGGUGGUGGUGGUGGCGGUGGUGGUGGCGGUGGCGGUGGUGGUGCCACCUCCACCCAUCUUGCCCAUGCGCACGCUUUGAUGAGCUGUGCCGCACAGGGCACGUCCUCCUCCUCCUCCUCCUCCUCCUCUUCGUCCACCUAUCAAAAACCCGUCUCCACAAGCAACAACAACAACCAUAACUCGCACCGCUCAAGACGCACCUCGACGUCUUCGCCCGUGUCGUCACCGUCGCCGACGUUACCGACCGGUUCGGCGAAGCUGAGCAACGGUGCCGGCAGGACCACGUCGUCUACUGCCACGGCCGUGUCCGGUAUGGGUACGGGCGGCGGUGGCCGUGGUGGUGCGGUCGGUCCCUCAUCGGGUCCCGCCGCCUCCGUCCCUGCCGCCGGUGAACCGAGCGGCAUGUCCGGCAGUAAUACGGCCAACUAUCACAACUUUAUCGGGCGGCUGAUCAGCAAGGAUAACAUGCUGCUGAUAAGCGAGGACGUGAUCGAGGUCGGCCGCAACUCGUCCAAGUCGCAGGUGGACUUCCACGUCGGCAAGAACAGCUUCAUCUCCCGCAAGCACUUCAUCAUCCAGCACGAUAUGAACGAUGAGUUUACGCUGUUCUGCCUGAGCAAGAACGGUGUGUUUAUCGACAAUGUGUUUCACCGGAAGAGCGGCGAACCGUACAAGCUACCAAAAUUAUGCAGCAUCCGUUUUCCAAGUACAAACAUUAAGAUCCAGUUCGAAAACCUAACUGACCAGGCUAACAACGGUAUACUGAUUGACCUGAACGAGCACACGCCGGUAAAGAUCGGUACCGGACCGAUGGGUGGCAUUCCGUUACACGCCGGUUCCAUAACCGGCGCAUCGAUCGGUGGUAUGGCGCCGGGUGCAACGGCGGGCGCUGGUGCCAGCGGCACGAGCAGUGGUGGCGCUCUCGGUCUCGGUGCCAGCGGUACCGGCCAUCAUCACUACCGCGGUGGCAAGUCACCCUCGUCGAGCGUUAUCUAUGCACCGCUGAAAAUUUCUAUUCCUUCCGAACCGGGGGCGGCCGGCAAUGCUGCUGCGGUCGGUUUGCUUGGCGAUGUAUCGCGCGGGUCACGCGGCGGAGUGGCGGGCGGUGGUGGUGGUGGACGGGGAAGCGAUGUGCACGGAAUGGGCGGCAGUGGUUACCCGUCACCGACCGGUACCAUCAGUGCCGCCAACAGUUGCCCCACUAGUCCGCGACAGAAUGUGCACGAGUUUGCCCAGUACAGCAGCAGUCAUCACCAUCAUCAGCACAGUACCGCUAGCGUAGUCAGCAACAACAAUAACAAUAACUAUUCCGAAUUUCAAGCCCCGCCUACACAAUCACUGGAAAGCGACAAGCCACCGUACAGCUAUGCGCAGCUGAUCGUUCAAGCUAUCUCGGCGUCGCCGGAAAAGCAGCUGACGCUGUCCGGGAUUUAUUCCUUCAUUUCGAAAAACUAUCCAUACUAUCGGACGGGAGCGAACAAGGGUUGGCAGAAUUCUAUUCGACACAAUUUGAGCUUGAAUCGAUACUUCAUCAAGGUACCGCGAUCGCAAGACGAACCCGGCAAGGGUAGCUUCUGGCGGAUAGAUCCAUCCAGCGAGCUGAAGCUGAUCGAUCAAAGCUACAGAAAGCGGCGCCAGCGUGGUUCCCAGUGCUUCCGGUCACCGUUCGGCAUGCCCCGUUCGGCACCGGUCUCACCCAGCUACACCGACAACUCGCGCGAAGGUUCACCGAUCAACGAGGAGCUGCUAAUGUCGGCACCCGGUUCGCCCGGACAAAACAACAGCGGCUACUCUGCCAACAAUCACGACGGUUCGCAACAGUCCUCGUACCAGAACCAGUACACGGCGUACGCGAGCGCAGAACAUCAGCAGCAGGAGGUGUACGAGGAGGAUGAGCAGCUCGAAUACGAAAGCGAUGAUUACGAGCCGGGCAGCAAGCGUCAAAAGAUGUAAUUUUGCGGGAGGGAAAUGAUAUGAGAGGGGGGAGGGGGUGCCACCGCCUGAGCAAAAGGUUUUCUUCCUUCCUUUUUUCAAACCCCACCCCCCCGCCCUUUCCUUUUUCCUUAACACAGUGAAGCUCGUUUUACUUGUUUAUUCAAAUCCUAUACAUAUAAACGUGUAUGUUUUAACUUUCAAAAGAAAACAAAAAAAAAACAUGCGCACGAUAUAAAUUGGAGCCAGCUCCAAGCUGCAUCAUUUUACACUUUUAGGUUUUAGCUUAGAAGACAAUGAGAGACAUUGAGAGAGAGAGAGAGAAAAAGGGUGGGAGAGAUGUUAGGAGAUGAAGAAGCUCUCAAUGUGUACAGGAACACAUGCUCAUUGGCAUACAAUCUAAUACGUUUUUUUUUCUUCUUCUUUCUCUACCUAAACCGCUCGCCGCGGUUUAUGGGAUUAUAUGUUAGUAGUGGUGAACCGACACACGGCGAUCGCGCCGGUUCACUAUCAUUAUAAGUUUUAAUCACCUUUUCCCUGCAACAAACAAACAAAACCGGAGCUGAAGCAGAAGAAGAACCAGGGAGGGGGGGGCGCUGUUGCAGCGCUUGCGCUUGCACUCUCUCUCUUGCCCUUUGUGUUUUGCGGAUGAUGAAUUCAAAAUGGCAAUAGAACCGUUUGCUCCUGAUGUGAAGCCUUGCGUUUUCCUCCUUCACAACAAUCCCGCAAGGUUUUUUUGCGUGUAUAGUUGUGCUUAUUGUUACUUUAAUACUUGUACCGGUAAUAAUAAUCGUUUCGCGCUAAAAAAAGGGAAAAAGAAAACACUCCAUACACUAAAAAAGGAAAAAGAAAACCAAAAGCUCAUAUUCCUUUUGCCCCUUGCUCCCUUAUAAAUAGCGCUGCGCUCUUCAGUGGAUUAUAAUUUUGUUUUGUUGGUUGGCAAAAAACCUGAGGAACAAUAAUAAGGUUUUGUUCGCAUUGGAGAAGAGGUUUUUUUUUAUAAAAGAAAGUGUUUUGUUAAUAAAAUACGGUUCGCUUACUGUCAUCAUCGCAGUAAACAAACAAGGAAGGGCCAGUAAGUCUCCUUCCAAAUGCAGCCAGUGCAGCAGGGAAGCGUUUAUUUAAAACAGACACAUCAAUCGAUCCUUUUUUGUGUGUGUGAGAGAGAUAACGAGAGAGAGUGCGAGAGCGUGAAGGGAACACAAACAUACGCGGCUGUCGUUUGAUAACGUGAGAUAAAACAGAGCAAAUAUGUCUAUACAACAGCCCCCCAUAUGCACACACACAGGAGCUGUAUUGGUGUGAUUGAGUGUUACAAGUCAUGACUGUAAAGGUAACGAGUCUCCCCAAAACAACCUUUGAAUGUUGACCUCCACCCUUAUGUGUGUGUUUGGCGUGGUGUGGAAGAAGCAGAAGCGGAUCUGAUUUGUGUUUUUGGGGUUUUCAUUUUGUUUUUUUUUAAACACCUGUUAGGUGUGUGCGUCGUGUAUGGAGAUGAUAAUUGCAAUGGCUGCUUCCGGUUUUGUUGAUUAGGAGUAGGUGCAGGUGAAGAGGAGCUUUAUGAGCUUUUUCCUUGCUUUUUGCGAGUCAAUGAACCACAGCACCCAUCCCCAACUCCCCCUUUCCCCCCAACAUCGGUAAAUCUAGACAUCCACCGGCCCCCCAGCCCCCCUCCCCCAGGGAGAUGAAGGAGAGAAGGAAUCAUUUACAAAGCUCUAACGAAUUGUAAUUAACGUAAAAGAUCGCAGAACAUAAGAAAUGAUAUAAUAGAGUAAAUUUAGUGUAAACAAAUGAAAGUAAAGUAAAAGUAAACAAAAAAAAAAAAUACAAGAAAAAAAAAUCUGUCAGUCUCGCGCAGGUAGUAGGGUGGUAGCUGUAAGCCCACACACUUUUCCACAACCUCCCCCCCCCCUCUCCCCCCACCCAAUCGCGCUCAGCGUAAGACCAUGGAGCGCUCCUUCCUGAUAAUCCCUGAAGAAAAAAAAAACAAAACCCGAAUCAACUCACCACCUAGCUCCCCUCCUCCUCCUCCACCUUCCACACCCAUCAUAGAGAUAUACAUGCAUAGCUUUUAGUAAUGUUUUGUUUUAGGAAGAAUUGAAACUUAAAAAUCAUUGUUCUCCUGAGAAUGUUUUGGAUGCGCGAACACCCAAGAAACCCCUAUACAACAACAGCAACAACAAAAAGGCACACACACACACACGGAACACGGAAAGGACGACGAUGAAAACCGUAUAAGAAAAGCCGUGUGCAGUAGUAGAAGGCCACACACAAACACAAAGUUGGGUGCAAGACAACAAAAGGAACUGCCCCCCCCCCCCCCCCCCCCCCUCUGCAUUAAUGGGAGAGGCUUUGUCGUGUGAUUUGGAUUAUAAAAAUUAUUCAAAGCACGAUGAUUUUUGUUUUAAAUUUUUAUUUGCUUAUUGGAAAUAAAAACCAAAUCUUUUGUUUGUUUGCUAGUUUGGUGAGCACUUCGGACUCGCUGCUUCUUCUUUUUCUUCUUACUAUUCUGGCCUGUACAAAGGCUGCGCAAGCCAGGUCUCUUAACCGGCAGGGUGUGUUUCUUGUGGUGGGGCUUUUCCCUUGGCUUGGUAGCUGCUCAGUGCCCCCACAAACCAAGGGGGAGGUGUUUCCUUACCAUCUGAAGAAGAAAAAAAUCCAUCCCGAUUGCAAAAAAGCAAAGAAAUUGGCUAUAAAACAAACAUAAAAAAACACACACACAUUACAUUUCGAUUGUAUGUGUUGCACAGAGGCGACGUGGAAAGUGAUGAAAACCACAAGAAUAGUUGGUCGUUGUGCAAAAGGGAGAGAGCGAGCGUGUGCGUGUGUGUGUGGGGACGAGUGAGCGAGAGACGUGUUAAUGUAUAGAGAAUCAAAAGGAAAAGGAAAAACACAAACACAAGAAAGGAAAAGUAAGAAGGCCAUUCGUUUGAGACGUUAAUUCAUACCUAUAGAUGUAUUCUGUAAGAAUGUGUCAGAAGAAAACUAAGAGGAAAAAUACAAAAUUUGAACUAUAAAUCAAUCAGAUUGAUUUGUGUGGGUGUGUGAAGAGGAGUGUAUGUUUGGUUGUGCGGACGGGAAGCUAUUGUCUAGAGUUUGAAUUGUAAAAAAUAUACACACACACACACCUAUACAUCACACAAAAGUUUUACACUGCCAAAAAAUUACCUAAUUAUCCCAAUUUUUAAUUCGUUUCUUGAGGCAACACAAGAACCCUGCACCCAGUACACCAGUACUAGAGGCUACCAGGAUCUCAAUGCUUCAAUAAAUCAGUCAUUGUACUAA